GAUGAACAGCCAUCCAUGUUACUAUAAGUUUACACAUUACCUUUUUUUUAUUUAUUUUUUUUUAAAGUACUGGUUACCUAAAAACAAAUAUUUUUUUUUAGAAAGAAAAGAAAAUCUUGAAAAGAACAAAUAUUUAUAGAAGACCCAUAAGAAAUAACAUAAGCAAAUACAUAAAAAAAAAAAAAUAUAUAUAUAUAUAUAUAUAUGUGUAUGUGUGUGUGUAUGUGUGUGUUUUGUUGACAUUUAUACGUACUUCUAAAAUUAGAAAGUAGACACCAAAGCAACAUACAUUUUUCCACCCGGUCAAACUUUUGUCCGUUUAGCGGCUUUUUAACUUGAAACAAAAUAAAGAAUUACCAAAAAAUGAUGAGCAAGCUCUCUGCCACAUUCCCUUCCAUAAAACACCCAAAACCCAAAUCCAACCCUUCCAAAUCAUCACUAUCCCUACCAUUGUCAUCAUCAUCAUCAUCAUCAUCAUCAUCAUCAUCAUCAUCAUACUUGUUAUCAUCAACAAGAAGAAAAGCAGAAGAAAAAUCGAGUCUUGGUUCAGAUUCGAGCUCGUGGUCUGCGUAUCUGAUUCUUUCCACCAAUGCACCCAUCAAGACCUACGUUGGCGUCACCACCAAUUUCUCUCGCCGUUUAAAACAACAUAAUGGUGAACUUAAAGGUGGGGCAAAAGCAUCCCGUGCUGGAAGGCCAUGGAUUUGUGCCUGCCUUAUUCAAGGCUUUCAGGACAGAAGUGAAGCUUCUGUGUUUGAAUCAAAAUGGAAAAGUUUCUCAAGAAAGUUGCCCCAGAAGAAGAAAAACGACAAUGAAAAGCAGGUAGAAGAGUGCUCAGUUCUAUUGCUACAACACAGGCAAGCAGCUUUAAAUAAAGUUAAAGGUUCAUUUGAUUGUGCUCACUUAGAAAUUGACUGGCAUCUCAAUCCUCUCUGAUAUCAAGAUUUCAUAUCUCAGCAAGCUUAAACCCUGUAGUAUCAACAAGACUAUGAUCAAAAGUAUCAAAUUGUUGUAUAAUUAUUUGGUGAAUAUUGUAACAUAUGAUUGGUUCGGUGCCUUUGAUGAGGCCUACCCAAAAUGUACCAUUUCUCUUUACAAAAGUAAUAUACUGCCAUUUUUUUCAUUA